UCUACCGUCAACAGCAGCAGUGACUAAUCCAUUCGCCAAGGGUUCUUGCACUAAGCAAAACUACUAUGUACAGAACAUGUCUCAGAUAGUCAGAUUCAAUAUAACCAAAGAGGACUGUGAUCUAACUUCUCAGCAAAGGCUCAAAGUGUCAUGAAGAGUAGUGGUUAACCCCACUGGUGUUGGAGUUGACUUCGUGAGAAGAAGCAAAAUUGCGUUCAAGUUUUGAUUUUAUUCAUCUUCAUGCAAUACAAGCUCUCUCUCUCUCUCUCAUGUUUGGAGCAUGUGCUAUGUGAUUACAAAGUUACAAAAGGCUUAGCAAGCAAAACGGCUAGUAGGAGCUAAAUCCUAAGGAACCAUUAUAUUUGUGAUUAAGUAGCUGAAUUAUUUAUUAAUUAGUAUUAGUAUAUGUAUAUAUCUUUGCCUAUGCCUCGAUGAAACCGCUCAAAGUCUAUUAUUUAUGUGUUCCAAGAUGGCUAGUGUUUUUUCCUUUCCUCUUCUGUUACAUUUUCUCCUUUCAUGGCUUCCCAUUUGAAUCUGCAACACCAACUCCUCAACAAUUUCAGAUCCUUGGGGUUAGAUCUAAGAAAAAAGACAAAGGCCUAUGCCUUUCCACAAGCCAAUUCGAACACAAUAGAGGAAAGAAACAGAAGCUCUUUGAUUGGGCGUCUGUUAGUUGGAUCUUUGUCUAGAUAUUACACAUCUUUAAGGAAAUGCUCAUCAUUGGGAGCAUCAACUAAUCUUCAUUUUUCCUGUACUGAUCAAAAUGAAGAAGAAGAGAUUACUAAUGUUACAUCAAGUAGUCAGGGAAUGGAGUUUAAUAGGGUGGAUUGUGUUGUGUGGGUACUGCAUGAAUCUGCUAGGAGUUUCUCCCAAGCAGCUGAGUCAAUCGGACUAGCAAGGAGCGGUCGAGGGCUUGCAAUGGCUUGGAUAGGGAAGGAUGUGCGUGUGUGGCAUAGACGUAUUGCUUAUCAGGUUGCAGUUUAUGCUUUAUUGAAAACAGCAAUUGAAUUGGAGAUAUUGCUUUCACAAGAACGACAGAAUGAAUCUUCCCCUGUUAGAAAUAUUUUGACACCAUUAAUUAAUCAGAUGGGAGAACGCAUCGAAAGUCAACUGAAAAUGAAGCAUCCAUAUUUGGUGCAGUGGUUUAGAGACACCAAAAUGCCACGAAUGACAGGAUAUUUUAUUCCACUUCUAAAACAGUGGUCCAUGGAAUAUGCUGGAAGCGGUAUUGCAGGAAUUAUUGUAGCAAUAACGUGCUGUAGUGCAGUGGUCAAAUUGGGCUCGAGUCGCAUCUGCUGCUCCAAACUUGUAUCGUCUCUUGAAGACGUUUUGGUCAAGCUUAUGGAUUUUUCACUUAAUCUUGCAACUUUGGACAAGUUACACCAGCUUGCAACUGGGGCGGGAUUUGAACUGAAUUUCUUGUCCCAUUUUGGUGGGAAGGUUCUUCCCAGUGAAAAAACUGAGGACCUAGAGUUUUGGAUUGGUUUGGCUCAUAUGAAACUUUUCAAAGCUUUCUCCAAAAAGAGCAUCACUUUAAGCAAACAAAAUUUUCUGCACAAGAUUCAUUCAGAAAGUUUGGCUACAUUGGGACUCUUUGCAUAUCUUGGAAGAAGGACUAGAAUUUUUUUGUCUGCUAUGGGCAUUAAGGAUCUUGAUGAAAUGGUUAAGGACUUCCUCAGUUACUUGGAAUGUGGCAUACUUUUCAUCUAUCCAGAAUUUUCCUCCAUCCCAGUGUAUCAGCUUUUCAUGGAGGUAGUAAUUGAUGAGAUUGGGUGGCUUGAUUUUUAUGCUUCAUAUGCUCAAAUAAACUGUAAGGAGAAAGGGCCAAAAUAUCAUGCUUGCCACGCAGAGAAGGAGAUUAUUUCUUCUGUAGUUUUUACUGUGUGCUAUGAUGUUUUCUCUGGGUUUGCGCACUUUGAUCGCUCAACUCAACAAUCAUUGGACAUAGCUUCACUUUCAUACUUGCUUCGCUGUCAGGGAUUGCUAAGUAUUUGUCUGCAAGAUCACUGGGCUGCUUACGAAAAAUCAGGUCAAUCACUAAAUAUUGUGGAUCAUCCUGCAUUUGACAACCAAACAUCAUAUAUGGGAAGUAUAAAUGGACCCAAGUUACCUUUGGUGUUUGAAGUGCAGCAGAAGUCACAUGAUUUAACUGUAGAGGGAUGUCCAAAGAGUAAUUCUCAAAACAAUUAUACAUUAAAAAAGGUUCCAAUAUCAGCAACUACAAACAAGAGAACACAUGGGAAAGGUUCCUGCACUGAUAAGUCAAAUCCAACGCGUGAAAAUUUUAUCAAGAGAUACAGCAUCAAAUUUGCAUCCACAACUGCAAACUUCUGGAUGGGUACUAUGUUGCUCUUCACAGACAUCAUGGUUGCUGUAGAGCUACUUGUGAAGCAAGCACAUGGAUUCAAGGCUUCAAGGAGUCAAAGAAAGAGGCUAGGAAGGACCAUGACUGACAUAAUUGUGCUGAUUCCAGUGACAAUUUUGAUGCUACUUCCACUAACAGCCGUGGUCCAUGCAGCCAUACUAGCAGCUAUCAAGAAGUACAUGCCAUUCUUGAUCCCUUCCUCUUAUUCCUCAGAGCGCUUGGAUGUUGUAAGGCAAAUAAAGUUAACAAGAGAGAUGGAUGAUCAGUCAUGGGGAGACCUCGGAGAUCAAUUAAGAACCGUCUCUUGAGUAUGAUUGAGUUUCAAUUUGCUCCCAGAGCAUUCAUAUCCUAGUGGGGCUAGAAAAAGCUCCACAACACCCGAAAUUUUUUGGUAUCAGAGUAGUGUAUGUGAAUUCACCUUGGACUAAAACUAAGAAACUUAAUGAUAUGGUUGGACUCAUUAAAAAUUGGGAUAUAAGAUAUCUCAGGUCUUGAGACUUCACAGAAGUUUUAUUCAUUGCCCCUAAAACCCCAAUCAUCGUUUCGAUGAUUCAUCUGUGUAUAGACACAGCAUGAUCAUUUUAACAUAACAUGCAUACGUCUCGUGAAUGCUUGAUAA